AUGCACCCCAGUCAUGCUAUCUCACGGUAUGCGGAAACAGCAUUGAUGCCGGGCAUGCACGACUUGGACCAGAGGCCGAUCCAUGCCAACUGCUUAGGGAGCCCGACUCUGUUGAGCUACGAUGACAGCUAUUGGGACAUAGGAGGUCAGGAACGAGAAGGGAUGUCCUUGCAUCUCGCAUUCCACAAGGGGAAGCAGGUCGAGUGUGAGCUCGAGGCCUCCACCGAAAUCUAUAUAAGGGUGUUCGAAGUCGCCCGGAAAUCGAUCCUCUUCAUCAGCAUCAAUCACAUUCGUUGA